AUGCCAAACAUAGUGGUUCUGGGUGCUGGUGUGAGCGGUCUCACCUGUGCUCUGCUCCUGGCGAAGGAAGAGGGAAACAAUGUGACUGUCAUUGCCAAGCACAUGCCUGGCGACUAUGACAUCGAGUACACCUCUCCAUGGGCUGGCGCCAACGUCCUGCCAAUGAACUCUGAAAAAGACAGCCGCUGGGAACGACGCACUUGGCCCGAACUCCGCCGGCUGGCGGCCGAGGUUCCGGAAGCGGGGCUACACUUUCAGACUGCCCGCGUGCUACGCCGGCAGGCCGACGUUUCCUCUGGGUUAAAGGUCGCGCUCUCGGACGGGCUCUUCCAGCAAUCCCCCUGGUAUGCCGACCUCAUGGAUGACUUCCGCGAACUCCCCGCGAGUGAACUGCCGUCCGGGAUCCACUCGGCCUGCGAGUUUACUUCUGUCUGCAUCAACACCCCUGUAUACCUCUCCUGGCUUGUCGGCCAAUGCGUGAAACUAGGCGUCAAGUUCAAACGAGCUACGCUGAACCAUGUGAACGAGGCCGCAGGGAUGUCGGCUCACGGCGAGGGCGGAAAGGCGGAUGUGGUGGUGAAUGCGUCCGGGUUGUUAGCAUGCCGUUUGGGCGGGGUGAUGGACGCCAAAGUGAUACCAGCGCGGGGCCAGAUUGUCGUGGUGCGCAACCAGGCGGGUGGCUUGAUGCCGACAGCGAGCGGGACUGAUGAUGGCGAGGAGGAAAUCCUGUACAUCAUGCAGCGGGCUGCGGGCGGCGGCACAGUGUUGGGCGGUACCUACAUGAAGGGUAACUGGGAGGCGAAUCCGGAUCCGAAUAUCGCGAUACGGAUUAUGAAGCGAGCGGUGGAAGUGCAUCCGGAGUUGACCGGGGGUAAGGGCAUCGAGGCGUUGGAUGUGAUCCGGCAUGGAGUUGGGUUACGGCCCUGGAGAGAGGGCGGAGUGAGGCUUGAGAAGGAGAAGAUUGGUAGGACGUGGGUGGUACAUAAUUAUGGACACGCCGGAUGGGGUUAUCAGGGGAGCUAUGGAUGUGCGGAGAGGGUGGUCGAGCUGGUGGACGAAAAACUAACCUCUCGCUCCCUGAAAGACACCGAAAUCGACUGGAAAGCCUACAUGCAGCAGAUCGGGCAAAUUGUCUCGGGGGAACGCGAUUACCCUCUCAUCCGCGGCGACACCGGCCCCUUAGUCUACCCAGCUGCGCACGUCCUUGUCUACCGUGCGCUCUACCACCUCACCGAUGAGGGCCUCAACAUCCUGCUGGCACAACGAUUGUUUGCCGGUGUUUAUAUGACUGCUUUGGCCGUGGUCAUGGCCUGCUACCGGAAGGCAGGCGUGCCGCCAUAUGUCCUUCCACUGUUGGUGCUGUCGAAGCGACUGCAUAGUGUGUUUGUGCUAAGGUGUUUUAACGACUGCUUUGCGGCGUUGUUUCUGUGGGCGGCGGUGUUCUUCUGGCAGCGGAAGUCAUGGACGGCCGGGGCAUUGGCAUAUACAUUGGGACUAGGUGUUAAGAUGUCGCUGCUGUUGGUAUUGCCGGCUGCGGGUGUGGUCCUACUGUUCGGUGCGGGGUUUGCGACGAGUUUACGGCUUGCGGUGACAAUGGGGCUGGUGCAGGUCCUUACUGCUGUGCCGUUUUUGUCGAAGAACCCUUGGGGUUACUUGAGCCGUGCGUUUGAGCUGUCGAGGCAGUUUUUCUUCAAGUGGACGGUCAACUGGCGAUUUGUGGGCGAAGAUGUGUUUCUCAGCCGCUGGUUUUCACUGGCGCUCUUGGGCCUGCACGUUGUGGUCCUGGCGGUGUUCUUGACUAGCCGGUGGCUGAAACCCGCGAACAAGUCGUUGACACAAUUGGCGAUCCCCAUGACCCUCGGCAAAUCUCCCUUCACGGAACAGGAACAGCGCGUGGUUGCCCGGGAUAUCACGCCUCGGUUUAUUAUGACGAUUAUUCUAUCCUCCAACGUCAUCGGCCUCCUCUUUGCGCGGUCUCUCCACUACCAAUUCUACGCCUAUCUCGCCUGGUCGACCCCGUUCCUUCUUUGGCGCAGCGGCGCUCACCCCGUCCUGCUAUACGCCCUCUGGGCGGCCCAGGAAUGGGCGUGGAACGUGUACCCGAGCACGUCGGUGAGCUCAGGCGUUGUCGUGGGAGUUCUCGCUGUUACGGUGGCCUUCAUUUGGCACGGUACUCGCGAUGACGCGGGGCCGAAGAGGGGUGCAGCUAAGGACGAGGCGGCCAAGCGAUAA